AUCGGCGCUAUAAUCAGCCCCUUUCUUACAGGAGAUCCCUCUGCCGAAGACCAGUGUAGACAGGAGUUAGCCACGGCUGCAAGAUCACCACCAGAUACAAUUAGGACCGAGAUUUCCUCCUUCACUCACCUGCAGCAUCAAGUCCAUCCUCCCAGCUAGAACCACCGUGUAGCAACCAUGUCUGUAGCGGGGCUCAAGAAGCAAUUCCACAAAGCCACUCAGAAAGUGAGUGAGAAGGUUGGAGGAGCAGAGGGAACGAAGCUUGAUGAUGACUUCACUGACAUGGAAAAGAAGAUGGACACCACCUCUCGGGCAGUGAUGGACAUCAUUACCAAGACUACUGAGUAUCUGCAGCCAAACCCAGCCACCAGAGCCAAGAUGAGCAUGAUGAACUCCAUGUCACGUAUGCGGGGACAGGAGAAGGGACCAGGCUACACGCAGACCGAGGCCAUCCUGGGAGAGUCCAUGCAGAGGUUUGGCAGGGAGCUCGGAGAGGAGUCUAACUUCGGCCUUGCUCUGAUUGAUGCUGGGGAAGCCAUGCGUGAGCUAGGAGAGGUCAAGGACGCUUUGGACAUGGAGGUCAAGCAGAACUUCAUUGAUCCACUGCAGAACCUCCAUGAAAAAGAUCUCAAGGAGAUUCAGCAUCACCUGAAGAAAAUGGAGGGUCGCCGUCUCGACUUUGAUUAUAAGAAGAAACGUCAAGGCAAAGUGACAGAUGACGAGAUCAAACAGGCUCUAGAGAAAUUCGACGACUCCAAGGAGAUUGCUGAGCAGAGCAUGUUCAACCUGUUGGAGAGUGAUAUUGAACAGGUGAGCCAGCUGGCUGCACUGGUCCAUGCCCAGGUGGAGUACCACAGCCGGGCUGCUGAGAUCCUCUCACAGCUCUCCAGUAAGAUCGACGAACGCAGGAUAAGGGACGCCGCUAACAAACCGAGGAGAGAGUUCGCUCCUAAGCCACGUACAUCUCUGGACUUCUCCAUCAGUGAGAACCACAAUGGAGGCAUCCACAGUGCUCGCUCUCCAGGGGCGAGGUCUCCAGCAAGGUCUCCAGCAAGAUCUCCAGCCAGGUCUCCAGCCCCCAUGGACCAGCCCUGCUGUCGUGCACUGUAUGAUUUUGACCCCGAGAAUGAAGGUGAGCUAGGCUUCAAGGAAGGCGAUAUCAUCACCCUGACCAAUAAGAUCGAUGACAACUGGUACGAGGGGAUGCUGCACGGGAACUCUGGCUUCUUCCCCAUCAACUAUGUGGAUAUCCUGGUGCCGCUGCCCCACUAGGAUGACACCACUAUCAGCUGUGUCUGCAACAGUGGCGAAACAGAUCCUGGCCUCCAGUCCCCCCCCCCCACCCCGAGUAUUCCUGGUAACCUUUUCCUUAACAUUCCUACCAACCACCUGCACUCCGCUUUAAAGGAGUCAAAACAGCAGCAACACAAUAACGAAAGAAGAUUGACGAGUUAAAGCAGGUAUGCACCAGUUAAGCGUAAAAACUUCAAAUGAGGAAAAAUCAGCGUUUAUGUCGUUGCUUCCCCCUUAUCCCAGGAGGUUCCUUCAGGCUUCCAUAGUCAUUUUAUCCAUUGCUGUUCCGGCUUCUGUCUCGGUUUGAGUUGGCUGUCAGUACGUCAUGACUUCUGUGAGUUUAUCAGAGCAGCUUUGCAAAAUCACUCUUUUCUCUCAUUCACUGUACUUUGUGGAAACCUCUACAGUAGAUAGAAACUUUUCUCUCACAUACUAGGAAAAAAAAAAAAAAAUUGGUCCACGUGCUUCAUGUUUGUUAGAGACUCUAGGUCAAGCAUGGUUUCAAGUGUUUAACGUUUUAUCUUCUAUCUAAAAAUAUGUUGAGCUGAUUUUUGUUCUGUUUUGAAUAUUCCUCUUUUUUAAUGGUCGUCGUCUCUCGGCGUCCAAAUCUCUGUCCAAAGGAUGUCCUCACCUUUUAACUACUCAGAGUUUUGACAGAAGUUGUAGACUAGAGUCAUCUAGUUAAUAACUAACAACCAAGGUUACCCAUCAUAUUUCUUUAUUUAUUUUUUUACAUAACAUAUGCGCGUGAUUGGUCAUAUGUGAUUUAGAUACCAAAGUUACCUGCAAAACCAGAGUCAACUCCAAGUUUAGCUUCCAGACAGCACGGUGUCAUGGUGUGAAUCUGUGCGACGCAACAGGGUGAAGCUUUGCAAUCUCUAACUCUUUGGUAUUUUUAUCAAGAGGGGCGAAACUGUAUUCCUGUGUAUGUGACAUUUUACCUAUCUGAGCCAGUGAUUAGUGGAGUGACGACAUGAUUUGCAAAAACACAAGUUGUGAAGUGACGUGAGAAAACUCUGGUGCGUACGUUUAAAUCCUCCAACGUGUAUUUUAUCAGCAGCUUGUGUGAAAAAUGGUUGAUGUAUUGUGAUAUAAUAACUUAUAGGACUUAACUGCUUGUUGGGGCAACUGUUGACGAUGUAGCUCUUUUUGCUGCAUCCCUACUAGUCCGAUUAGUAUUCUGUAGUUUAGCUGUCUAUAAGCCAUUGAUUAAGACAAAACUAGACAUAGCCAGGAGCGCACAAAUGGCUGAAUGGAAUAAAAAUAAUUACUUUUUGUCUCGGUGGAUAUGUUUUAUUUAUUGGAAUGAUGCAACCCCCUUUUCUCCAACAUUAUAUUGACUAAAAAACGCUGGUUUACCCUUUUCACGUCAAGUUAGACCUCAGAAAAAAUGCAAGAUUAUGUUUCAUUUUCUCUUCCCAAUUAUUUGGUUGUAUGCAGUGUUGUGUGGGAUUUUUCUCCCUCUUUAAAUGAUGUACUAAUAAUCUAGAAAUCCGACCACACUCAGUUACUGCAGACAGUACAGGUUUUGGUCAGCAAAGCAGUGAGGUGCCGCAGUGCACACAUUAUGCCCAGGGUUUUUAUUUUCUGCGAUGUCGACAAUGUAUUAAACCUUUCUGCAAAAUAAUCUGUGCAGCAGUUAACACUGUUUUUUCACCCAUCUUGUAGUGAUGUUGUGCGUGUACUUUGGGGAAGGGGUUUGGGUCUGCAUACAGUAUUUGUUAUGCACAGGGACGGGGUUACGGAGGACCUCUGAUGCUGAGGUAUUAAAGAUAUACUGUCUCUGACAGUGUUUCCACAUUAAAACAAACAUGGAUGUGUCUUUAAUCAAUGGACCAAUUCAUUAUAUUCAGUAGAAUUACAAGAAACGAUGCAAAAUCAACUGGUACCCAUACUAAGUGUUGUUGUUUUUUUUAUCAAGGGAAGCACAACUUUAACAGACAGUAUGCUUUGUCGGCUGGGGAAGAAUAAAAACACAGUUUGAAGGUCAUGUAUUUAUUUAUUUCUUAACGGCAAAACUAUUCCUUCCUUCUUUUUCUCUUUCACUUUUGUUUAACAAUCGUGUGUAUCUUUGCCCUCAAUGAGGACUGUACAGCUUUUCUGUGUUUUGUUUUCACCUUGUGUGUAUAGUCGGGCAUCUACAGUAACGUAUCUUAUUUUUGUAACUGUGACAAAAGUAUACACAUACAGUAUAGAUGUAUAUAUACAGUAUAUUAUCCAAAAGCAAUGUGAAAGAAGGGAUUCUCUGUGCUACACAUGAUUGUCUUUGGAUUGUUUUUCUGUUUUGUUUGUUUUCUGUUUUUAGUUUUGUUUCAUUCUUGCACUGGAUACUACGACUGUAUGCUUGAUGUAAAGAAAAAAAAAAGUGACAAGUCAAUGUAAUUUAUUCAAAUAAAUACAAAGAAAUGGUUA